AUGGCGCAAGCCGGUGGCCAUGAGGACAUGAUCCACGAUGCCGUUCUAAACUUCUACGGCAAUCGUCUGGCUACAUGCUCCUCCGAUAAAACCAUCAAGAUAUUUGAAGUAGAAGGGAAUAACCAUACAUUGGUCAGCACACUGAAAGGACACGAUGGUCCGGUAUGGUGUGUCGCAUGGGCGCAUCCGAAGUACGGCAAUAUCCUCGCAUCGGCUUCAUACGACGCAAAGGUCAUAAUCUGGCUGGAGAAUAACGGUCAAUGGGGGAAACUUAUCGAACAUACAAAUCACACCGCCAGCGUAAACAUGGUCUCAUGGGCCCCACAUACCCUCGGCGAAGUCCUAGCCUGCGCAUCCACGGACGGUAAAGUCUCAGUACUGGAAUUCAAGGACGGAAACUGGGAUACCCGUAUCUUCAACGCCCAUGCUACGGGUUGCAAUGCCGUUUCGUGGGCACCAGAUGUUUCACCCGGAUCCAUCGUUCAGUCUUCUGCCGCUUUGACAACGGGGGUUAGGAAGUUUGUAACUGGAGGCUCGGAUAAUUUGGUUAAGAUUUGGGUUUAUAGCCCAGACCAGGAUAACUACGUUGUGGAAACAGUAUUGGAGGGUCAUCACGACUGGGUUAGGGAUGUAGCAUGGGCACCGUCGAUAUUGUCUAGGACAUACAUUGCAUCUGCAUCACAGGAUAAAUCGGUAAUCAUCUGGACGUCUGACGCUGGUGGACCUUUCCAGAAGAAGGUCCUCGAGAUGGAAGCAGUCGUUUGGAGAGUUAGUUGGAGUUUGAGCGGGAAUGUAUUGGCAGUUAGUGGUGGGGACAAUAAGGUCACCCUAUGGAAGGAGAAUCUCCAGGGAGAGUGGGAGAAGGUCACGACAGUUACGGAAUAA